AUGUUUCACAAGUUGGGGGACGGAACUGAGAGUGACCCUGAACUUCAACAGUUGCAGAAAGUUGUCAUGAGUGGUUGGCCGCAGACUAAAGUAGAGACACCAGUUGAGACAAGACCUUAUUGGAACUACCGAGAUGAAAUAAACUGCCACAAGGGGUUAAUGUUCAAGGGUGAUCGCAUAAUUGUUACCAAUAGCCUGCGACUCGAAAUACUUCAACGCAUACACGCUGCUCACUUGGGGAUAGAGAAGUGCAGAGCGCGAGCCAGAAGUGCAGUGUUUUGGCCAGGUAUCAAUUGUGCGAUCGAAGAGUUGGUAUCCAAGUGUAGUACCUGUCAGCAACACCAGCGAAGCAACCAGAGGGAGCCGUUGAUUCCUCAAGAGGUCCCUGAGAGAGCCUGGGCGACAGUUGCAGCAGACAUUUUCUACUAUAAAGGGAAAGACUACCUGCUUGUAGUUGACUAUUUAUCCAAAUAUCCUGAGGUAGCCCGCCUCUCCUGUAAGAAUAGUGAAACAGUUAUCUUGGCUGUGAAAGAUAAGUUUGCAAGUCAUGGAAUCCCUGAGAGGCUAAUCGCAGACAAUAUACCUUUCAAUCGUGUGAAAUCUAAGGACUUUGCCAGUAAGUGGGAGAUAGAGGUGGUAACCUCAAGUCCACACUACCCGAAAUCAAAUGGUCUUGUGGAAAGAGACGUACAGACCGUUAAGCAGUUACUAAGGAAAGCUGAUGAGUCAAAACAGGAUGCAGUCCUCGCUUUAUUAGAGUUCCGUAAUGAAUGA